AUGAAACUGAGUGUGGGGAUAUUUUUUGGAGGCUUCUUUGCAGCUCUGGGGGUUUUGCUUUUUUUGGUAGCAUUUGGAACUGAUUAUUGGCUUCUGGCUACAGAAGUAGGAAGGUGUUCGAAAGCACCUGAAGAUGCUGUGGAGGAGAAGGCCACUUUCCAUCAUGAAGGUUUCUUCUGGAGGUGCUGGUUUAGUGGAAAUGUAGGAGACAAUAAUGCCAGCAUGUGGAAUUUCUGGUAUACAAACCAGUCACCUUCUAAGAAUUGUACACAUGCCUACCUGUCACCAUUUCCUCUUAUUCGAGAUGAACACAAUGCAACCUCCUAUAACUCUGCAAUCAUUUAUCGAGGUUUCUGGACAGUGCUUAUGCUCCUGGGAGUGCUCACUAUUGUGAUGGCUAGUUUCUUCAUCAUCUGUGCAGCUCCUUUUGCCAGCCACAUUCUGUACAAAGCAGGAGGAGGCUUUUUCAUCAUUGCUGGUGUCUUGUUUUCCCUGGUAGUUGUGAUGUAUGUCAUCUGGGUCCAGGCGAUGGCCGAUCUGGAAAACUACACAAACAUGAAAAAAAUGGAUUGCCCAGACUUUGCUGUUUAUGUACGCUAUGGCUGGUCUUUUAUGCUGGCUCCUAUAGGAGUAUUUUUUGCAUUGGCAGCUAACAUGGUGUUUUUAAUUACUGUGUCAGAGAGUAUGAUAG